UAUUGCGAAAUUCAACAUCCUCCGGAAGGAUGGUGAAGUGGGCGAUGAUGCUAACUCAAUUCAAUAUUGAGUACCGGCCGAGAUCAGCAAUCAAACGGCAAGCCCUUGCGGACUUCCUUGUGGAAAUGACCGGUAUAACUCCAGAUGCACCGGUCGACAAGCCUACCGAGCAAUGGUGGGAGAUGGCGGUAGACGGGGCAUCUGGCCCAAGAGGAUAUGGGGGUGGAAUCGUGUUUACCACCCCAGAAGGGUUCAAGAUCUACCAUGCAAUCGUCUUCAACUUCAGGCUGACGAACAAUGAAGCAGAAUAUGAAGCUCUUGCUGGAGGGCUCAGACUUGCCCAAGCCUUGAAAAUCAGCCGGGUCAGUAUCAAAUCUGACUCUAGUCUGAUUGUGGGGCAAGUGACCGGUAAUAUGGAAGCAAGAGAAGGACGAAUGGCACAGUACAAAGACUUGGUACUUGCCUUGCUGAAAGGCUUCGAGGAAUUCAAGAUCGCCCAGAUUCCCCGGGCGGAAAAUGCGGAUGCUGACCUCCUUUCCAAAUUGAUGCAGUAUGCUCCCGAGCAUGUUUCAAAACUUGCCCGGGUGGAAAUCCUAGACCAUGCCAGCAUCGAGAAACUGGAAGUAGCCGCCAUAACAGGGGAAGGCCAAUCUGACCAGUCAAAGUUGAUCGGGGCGGAUAACCAUUGGAUGUACGAUCUAAUGGAAUAUUUGAUGGAUGGGAGCUUGCCAGAACAAGAUGACCGGGCAAGGAAGGUGAAGUUUAGGGCACUCCGGUUCCAAGUCCUUGAUGGAAAGCUGUAUAAAAGAGCAUUCGGGGGGGGCCACUCCUGAGAUGUCUAACCAACCGGAAGGCUGAACGAGUCAUAGCGGAGGUCCACGAGGGCGUAUGCGCGGCGCAUCAAAUGUCCCGUACGCUUUCCCAACGCAUCAUCCUGUUGGGGUAUUACUGGCCAACAAUUGUCCAGG